UAUCUCUUCUCUCUUGUGGUGGUCCUUCCCAACAAAGAAGGCUGACUUCCCAGCCCAUCCACAACCCAUGCUGCCCCCUGUGCCAACGUCCGACACCACCGUCAUCACUACCGGCGACCACCGUCGCCAACCCCUCUCUUCCCUCUCUUCUCUUUUUCUUCUCUCUUUCUCCAUUUCUCCUCAAUUCCCUGUACGUUACCCCUGGUCUCUGUGCAAAGUCCAACCCCAAUGCAACCCAGCAGCGGCUGAGCUCUGUGCUGCUGCAGCACCACCUCUGCUACCCCUCUCUUUCCAUUCUUCCCCUUUCACCAACGUCAUAGAAUGUACGGACAUUACUGGAAGUGAUGACACGGAUCUUGUUGAUGAGUUACCGGAUCAUAGUUGCCUUGUCGAAGACGAAAUACUAAGAGUUGGGAUGCGUUGCAAGUAUUUUAAUAUAGAUGUUCGAUUCAAUAGGAUAGCGGAUGAUUAUUUUUACUGGUACCCAAAUGGUUAUUCGUAA